CACAGCUGGAGGGAGAGCCCUGUGUCGCACUCGCACGCAGACGCAGAUCGCCAUCUCCACGACUCCACCCAAGCCCCCCACACUGGCUGGCGGCUGGCUGGCGACUGGCGGCUGGCCGCUGCACUGAGCAGUAACCACCACAGUCCUCCUCCUGCCGUCCAGCCACGCCGAGCGUCUCGCCUCUCAAAGAUUCGAUUCCUUCCUCCGGUCCUCCCACAUGGCCGGCGAACUGCGCCACCGCCGCGUACCGUCGUCGGACGGGGACGGGGACGGGGACGAGGACGAGGGCGUCGUCGCCUCCUCUCAAAGACUCCAUUCCGCCUCUUCCUCCGCCGCCGAUGGCAACGGUAAGGGAAAGGCCGGCACUUCGUCCGGCGGCGGCGAGGGGGCGGAGCCGCGGAGGGAGAAACGGGACGCGCUGGGGUGGCUGGAGUGGGGCCGCGGCUGGAUGGCCGUCGUGGGGGAGUUCCUCUUCCAGCGCAUCGCCGCCAGCCACCUCGCCAACCCGCUCGAGCUGCCCCCGCUCGACGGCGUCUCCAUCGUCGUCACCGGCGCCACCAGCGGCAUCGGGCUCCAGAUCGCAAGGCAACUCGCUCUUGCUGGGGCACAUGUUGUGAUGGCUGUUAGGAGACCCAAGGUGGCACAAGACUUGAUUCAGAAGUGGCAGAAUGAAAAUUCAGAAACAGGAAGACCAUUAAAUGCCGAGGUGAUGGAACUUGACCUGCUCUCCCUCGACUCAGUCGUAAAGUUUGCUGAUGCUUGGAAUGCUCGUAUGGCACCCCUACACGUGUUGAUCAACAAUGCUGGCAUCUUCGCUAUAGGAGAACCCCAGCGUUUUUCAAAGGAUGGACAUGAAGAACACAUGCAAGUGAACCACCUAGCACCCGCGUUACUGGCGAUGCUGCUUAUACCUUCCCUUCUCCGAGGUUCUCCCAGCAGAAUUGUUAACGUUAAUUCAAUUAUGCACACUAUAGGUUUUGUUGAUGCUGAAGAUAUGAACUUGAGAAAACAUAAAUAUAGAAGUUGGUUGGGAUAUUCAAAUAGCAAGUUGGCACAGGUAAAAUUCAGUAGCAUGCUUCAUAAGAAAAUUCCUGCAGAAGCUGGGAUCAAUGUAGUUUGUGCUUCUCCUGGAAUUGUCGACACGAAUGUUGCAAGAGACCUUCCUAAGAUUGUUGUAGCUGCAUAUCAUUUGAUUCCCUACUUCAUAUUUGAUGCUCAAGAAGGUUGUAGGAGUGCAUUAUUCGCAGCAUCUGAUCCCCAAGUUCCAGAAUACUGCGAGAUGCUGAAGUCGGAAGACUGGCCAGUCUGUGCUUGCAUUAACUAUGACUGUAAUCCGAUGAAUGCAUCUGAAGAAGCGCACAAUCUUGAAACCUCACAGCUGGUCUGGGAGAAGACGCUCGAGAUGAUUGGCCUUCCGCCAGAUGCCCUGGAGAAGCUCAUCGCCGGAGAAACAGUUCAGUGCCGUUAUGGACAACAGGAGGCAGAAUAGGAUAUCCCACAGAUCCAGACCAUACCACUUUUUAGUUAACAGUUUAGAGGUGGUUUGUUCCAGCCUUUGAUUAGAGCGCCUAUGUUAUAUCAUUUGAUCCUACAUUUGCAGGGGGGAAACACGGGGGAGCGAAGAAAAAGAAUUUGUUUACAGCUACAGUCUUUGCUCUUGUGUGUGUGCGCGCGCGCGCAAAAUGAUGUUGUAAAAGAGUCGUAGAAACACAUCUCCCCCCGUUAUUUGACUAUUCCUAAUCGAUGAUAUACUUGAGACAGAAAUCAAGACAUACCUAUCCUGGGUCCUUUUUUCCCUCUA